UCACUCGGGGGCCGGGACUCGCCGCGUCACAGCCCCAAGUGGAAGGGGGAAAAAAAGAGGCGGCGGCAGCGGCGGCGGAGGCAGGAGCCGGAGAGAGGGAGGGGAGUGCGGCGGCCUGGCGAGCAGCGGACGCGCAGCGGCAAGCUGUCCCGCGCACCUAGUCCCGGGUACCCUCCCCUCUACGCACCACCUCCCUGGCUGCUGCGCCCCGGGCCCCGGAUCGGCCCACAGUAGCGGCGGCGCCUCGCCGCGCGAGUUCUUGUCUUUGCUUGCGCGCCGGACAUGAGCUCCACCGCCACCUGAGGCGCAGGGGGCGCUGCGCGGGAGGACCGCGCCCCCGGGCUCCCCGUCUCUGCACUGCGGGGCGUCCGCUCAACCCUGGUGGAGGCGGUUGCACAGGAACACAGCGCUGGAGGCAUGGAGCCCGAGGCGCCUGCGGGUCAGGCCCGGGCGGCUGCGGCCAAGUUGUCGGAGGCUGUGGGCGCAGCGCUGAAGGAGCCCCGGCGGCAGCGGCGCCUGGUGCUGGUCAUCGUGUGUGUGGCACUGCUGCUGGACAACAUGCUGUACAUGGUCAUCGUGCCCAUCGUGCCGGACUAUAUCGCCCACAUGCGCGGCAGCAGCGACAGCGCCAUCCCGGGUACCGAAAGCUGGACACUCACCCCACCACCCCCCACAGCGGCCAAUGCCUCAGUGACCAAUGCCUCGGUGCCCCCGACGGCUGUGGGCCCGGCCUGGUCAUCCCUGCGACCCCGCUACCCCACAGAGAGCGAGGACGUGAAGAUUGGGGUGCUGUUCGCCUCCAAGGCUAUCCUGCAGCUGCUAGUGAACCCCCUGAGUGGGCCCUUCAUCGACCGCAUGAGCUACGACGUGCCGCUGCUCAUCGGGCUGGGCGUCAUGUUCGCCUCCACGGCCCUUUUCGCAUUCGCUGAGGACUACGCCACACUCUUCGCCGCUCGCAGCCUUCAGGGCCUGGGCUCGGCUUUCGCCGACACGUCCGGCAUUGCCAUGAUCGCGGACAAGUACCCCGAGGAGCCCGAGCGCAGCCGCGCUUUGGGGCUGGCCCUGGCCUUCAUCAGCUUUGGAAGCCUGGUGGCCCCUCCCUUCGGGGGCAUCCUCUACCAGUUUGCCGGCAAGCGCGUGCCUUUCCUGGUCCUCGCGGUAGUGUCGCUCCUCGACGCGCUCCUGUUGCUGGUGGUGGCCAAGCCCUUCUCGGCCGCUGCCAGAGCGCGGGCCAACCUGCCAGUGGGCACACCCAUACACCGUCUCAUGCUGGACCCCUACAUCGCCGUGGUGGCAGGCGCACUUACCACCUGCAAUAUACCUCUAGCCUUCCUGGAGCCCACCAUCGCCACGUGGAUGAAGCACACGAUGGCGGCGUCCGAGUGGGAAAUGGGCAUGGUCUGGCUGCCGGCCUUUGUGCCGCACGUUUUGGGCGUCUACCUCACCGUGCGCCUAGCGGCUCGCUACCCCCACCUGCAGUGGCUCUAUGGCGCGCUCGGGCUGGCGGUGAUCGGCGCCAGCUCCUGCCUCGUGCCCGCCUGCCGCUCCUUCGCGCCGCUAGUGGUCUCGCUCUGCGGCCUCUGCUUUGGCAUCGCGCUGGUCGACACGGCGCUGCUGCCCACACUUGCCUUCCUGGUGGACGUGAGGCACGUCUCUGUGUACGGCAGUGUCUACGCCAUCGCUGACAUCUCCUACUCGGUGGCGUAUGCCCUGGGGCCCAUAGUGGCCGGUCACAUCGUGCAUUCGCUCGGCUUUGAACAGCUCAGCCUGGGGAUGGGCCUCGCCAACCUGCUCUACGCUCCCGUCCUGCUGCUCCUGCGCAACGUGGGCCUCCUCACGCGCUCCCGCUCGGAGCGGGAUGUGCUGCUGGACGAGCCACCGCAGGGCCUGUACGACGCUGUGCGACUGAGGGAGCGCCCUGCACCUAGUGAGGACGGCGGGCCCAGCAGCCCUCCCGGGCCUUUGGACGGGUGCGAGGACGACUACCCCCGCUACUACACCCGCAGCUAGGACCUGCUGCCUCUCCAGACCCCCUUCCUCCCCCUCGGGUACAGGUGGCUUCACUGCUGGCCCCAACUCAGGCUCAGGGCCCCUCCCGCGAGCACGCAGCCCCUCCUCAGUCCUGUCUUCACUCUCCCAGAGCCCUUCUCCGGGGCCACUCCCUAUUCCCCCCCAUGGGGCAUGUAUGUAGAGCCUUGGAGACCCUGAAGCCAUUAAGCCCCGGGAAGAAGAGAAGCAGUGUGCGGGCCAACCAAAAAUCUUCCCUGGGUAGAGCGGCUGCGUCUGUCUAUCCUCCCUUGCAUUCCUUCCAGUGCCAAACUCGUGUCGCACCGCGGUGCCUCGGGACGAAUUAAUAAACUGUGUC